AUGAAGAAGCCAAUGGAUGGUGUAGAUUCAAGCUCAAAUUCAGGAUCAAAGUCCCCAAGAAAAAAAACAGAAGCAGCUUUCAAGAAACACGCCAUUGCAGAGCAGAGGCGAAGAGAGAGAAUCAACCAUCAUUUCAACAGGCUCCGCCAACUCUUCCCUAACCUUUCCAAAACUGAUAAGGCCUCGGUGCUGAUAGAGACGGUCCGACGUGUGAGGGAGCUGAAGAAGAAGGUGGCUGAUCACCUAGUGCCGUGUCAAGACAGCCAAGGUUGCUCCGUCGGAAAUAUGGGAUCAUGGCCAUUCUUUUUUCCCAGCGAGAAUGAUGAAGCCACUGUCAGUUACAAUGAAGAAGGAGAAGACAAAGAGGUAAAGGCGACAAUAUGCUGUGAGGAUAGGCCGGGGCUAAACUGGGAUUUGACAGAGGCUGUCCGGUCAGUGAGGGGGAGAGCGGUAAGAUCGGAAAUUGCAACCAUUGGAGGGCGGACCAAGGCUGUGGUGGUGGUGCAAUGGAGGGAAGGAGGAGGAGGCGGUGGUGGCGGCCGCGAACAAGAUAUUGGGUCGUUAAGAAGGGCCUUGAAGGCAGUGGUGGAGAAUCGGGCUUUGGGCUGUUCUGGGCUGGUGGGUCAAGUUUUUCCUUCUACGAAAUGGGGCAGAUUGGGCUAAGAUUGCUUGGUACAAAGCGGGCUCGGAUUUUUGAUUCUAGAUACUA